GUAAGUAUUCUUUGGGAGUUAAGAUAAAGGAGUGGCCGAAAGGCCCAGGCAAGCGCCCAGCCUGCCACACAGGCUUUAGACCGCCAAAUGCCAUGGAGGGUGCAGCUGCAGGUCUCCCGCUCCAGGCUGCAGCGGGCCGCAUCUGUCAUCGCUCCCAGGGCGCCCGGCGGCAGCAGCGGCACCCACCCCGGCCGAGGGAGCGCCCAGAGAGUAGCCCUGCUUUAUGGAGGCCCUGGAUACUCACAGCAAGAGACGGUGAGAUGACAGAGAAUCAACAAAUGUCAGAACUGGAUGGUCAACUAAUGAAUUUUAGAUCAAAAGGAGCCCUGGGGUUUCAACAUCCAGUGAGACUUUAUUUGCCCAAGUCCAAAUCCCAGAAGUUUCUUAGUAGCAUUGGAGAGAAGGUUCUGGCAAGUUUUCCAGUACAAGCUACAAUUCACUUCUACAAUGAUGAUGCCAACUCUGAGGACGAUGAAGAAGAAAUCCGUUCAGCCUAAUAAAGAACAGCAGUCAGCCUUGACAAACACAAAAUAAAAAUUAAAAAAUCAAGAGAUAAAAAAAGAACUGUCAGAAACAUAUGGACAAACAUCUGACUAAACAAAGAAAUACAUCAAAGCUCGUAAGAAAACUAUUUAUAACUCUCUUACCAAGAAGAAUGAGUCAAUGCAACUGGAAACUAAGAGGAAAUCCUUUUGUGUCUUGAGAGACUUAAAUAAAACCUCAAGCUGAACAAAAGAUUGUAAGGUUUAAAUGAGGUUGAGUUAAGCAACAUGGAUUAAGAACAGAAGAGCACCGUACUUAGUUACUCAUUACUUUUUACACUGCAGUCCUGAUAAAAUGAAAAUAGGACUGAUUACGAGGCAAAAUAAUGUAAUGUACAGCCCCAAAAUAAUGCAGACCCUGAAACGCAAUGUCUGAAUUUAAGCAAGAAAUUAUUUAAAAUGCAAAGACUGUUGCUUAUUAGCUCCAUGGGGCAUGUUAAUUCUGAUACAAAUGCUGGAUGCCUAAUCCAUUUCCAGUAUAACCCCCUGUCGUAACAAGUUCUAAAACAGUCGUGAUAUUUUCUGGUGUCCUGUCAUUCUGUUAUUAUCAGAUUUUUGCCCUGUAAUCAGAAAAGUGCCUUUUUGUCUGACAGAAAAAAGAAAUCCUUGAUUAAAAACUAUGAUUUAAUUUAAUGACACAUUAAAACACACGUUAUGUGCUACAUUUUUGUCUUCACCACAAUAUUCAGAUCUUAUUUCUAUAGCUUAGUGCACUUGAACCUAUAUGAUUUUAAUGUAAUUGACGUACUGUUGAUUCCCACUUGGUGGGGUCUGGAUGUGUGUCUUACUAUCUUGAUAUUUCUUUUAAAUUGAUGUUCAGGAAGACUUAAGUUACUAAUUUUCAUAAGCAUCUUUAUGUUAUGUACAAUGUAGACCCAUUUACUCCAACACUGUUAUUCCAGUAGCAAAAACUGCUUUUUCAGUACAUUUUAUUUCAUUCAGAGAAUUGGUAUGAUCUGUUGUGCUUAACCUUUUGUUUGUAUAAAUUGUGUAUGCUCAGAGAGUUUGCCAGUACUUGUCUUGCUAUGUCAGCAUUUUUUAAUUAGCUCAAGGAUUAGCUAUUUGGCCCCACUAUGUUUCAGAAUUAUUAUGCUUCAGGUAUCUUAUCUCUAACCAAAAUGGCCGUAGUUUCCCCAGAGACAAGGCAAAGGCAGAAUCCAAGAUUCUUGGCCUUUUUUACACUAUUGUUGGUGGUGUAGAUAAGGUCAGACAGUUGUAAGAACCACUUAAAGUGUGUGUCAGAUUUUCCUCUUAGUACAAUAUACUGUCAAACAGAGUGAAAGUGUUAAAAACUGUAAGUCUAGCAAAUUAGGAUUCCAAAUGAAUGAACAUAUUAGAAUGGAGGAUUUAAAAAAUGUCUCCAUUCACAAACUAAAAAGUAGAUCCAUUAGUUAAACUUACCCAAGGAGACAGCAUCCUGCAAUAUACGGAAUUACACGAACUAGUUGAAAUUGUAAACCCUGGUGUGACACAUGAAAAUUCAGCUUUUACAUUUCACUCAUUCAUCUUUGCCACAUCUUCAUUUCCAAACAUAUGGAACUAAAAUACAGACAUUUAAAAGUCUUCACUUCUCUCGCAAGAUAUCCUAAAAUAAUUUAUGCUCCAGCUUCAUCAUUAUUCAGUCUGGAGCACAAACAGAAAACCAUCCAAGAUCACUUAGGAGGUCAGCGAUGACAUACAACAUUGUAUCAGCCUAAACUGAUUAACUUUCUUAGGUCUGCUACAUGUUCUGUUUGGUUUCCCCUGUAUUGUCAAAUUCCAUUUUCAAAUUAAGGUAAUAUUACUGUACUAUUUACCUGAUUGGUAAUAGCUAACUACACUCAUUAAAGGAAGCCAAAACUAUUAUCCAUUUCCCAUCAGGCCAGCUUUUUUUUUUUUUUUUGCCAAAUAACUGACUGUCUUCGUGUUACAAUGUCAACAUACACCUAUUUGCACGCUUAAAUAAAAUGUGCAUUGCAAACCCUA